GACGCCUGAACUGAAAUUUGCGGUGCGCGCUUUGAUUUUUAUACUUACGUGACUGUUGCUGUUAUUUUGUGCAGUUUAUCAGAAACCAUUAUCUUGAAGAAAUGGCUCACUUGCAUCUGCAGCUGUUUGCGCACCGGUUCAACGAGAUAGCGGAAGAUUACCUGCGACGGUUCAACUGGAUCUACGCGGGCGUUGUUUCCGAAGUGGACAACCUGUUGCGUGCGAUCAACGCCACCUGUUCGAAGCAACACUUCGCCAGCCCAAGAUCCUUGGUUUUCGACGAUGUGGCCUUCUGCCGGGAGAUUUUGCACUUUUUCGAUCCGGUCCAGUGCUGUCAGAAAACCCUGUGGAACACCGACACGCUGAUUAUGCACAUUUUGCGCCACGGCGGACGGGAUGAACUUGACGAAGAUACGAAGCGCUUGGCCAUCCUGUUCAAUCUGUACGUACAGAUUGGGGCGAGCAUUCUGGUUCGGUACGAUAACAACUAUGAAAUGAUGGAGCAGUUCACGGCCCAACUGCUGCGUAAAGCAGCCGACUAUCUGAGCUGUAUCCGGAAUAAGCCAGUUCGUGAGGACGCCUCAGCGGGGGACACCUUCGCCCAAGGUACGUUCGCCAAAUGGAAGUACGUUUUUGACUAUACCUGUACAACGUGCUGCGACGCGGGAAUCAAAAAAUGCCGUUUCGACGAUGCUAUUGCUUGGUUCAAGAUCCAUCAAACCACGUUGGUGGUCAAUCAGAUCCGCCACUUGGGUACCAAGGUGCAUGCGGCUAACAUGCGUAACGUACUGCCGGACCACAUUGUUCCAACGAUUACUCAACCCCGCCAGGAACCGCUGGAGAUCAACAACAAUACUCAAUGGUCGAAAGCGGCCAUGUACCUGUUGGAGGUACGGGAAUCUGAACUCGAUAAACUUUGCUUUAAGGGAGCGGCAAUUCAACUCAACACCCCAGUGGAAACUAUUCGGCGCUAUCUCAAGGGAAAGCUUGAUCCACUAUUGACAGACAUUAUUGUCGAACCCUUCGGUUCACGCGUUACCGGUGUCGGUAAUGACCAGUCCGAUCUCGAUCUACGUAUCAAAUGGAAAUCCAACAUGAAAGCGACCAAGGCGUACUUGAAGGCCGUUGAAUGGGCUAAAACGGACACCAGCGAAGUCGAAGUUAUCCGCGAAAUUCCCGCAGGACCCAUGGUGCUUACCAUCCACGUUCUACCACCAUUGGAUAUAACAUUGGACCUCACCUUUGCCAGCCCUUACAUCGUCGCCAACAGCGAACUGAUCCAGUACUUCUUCCGUCUUCAACCAAUGGCACGUAAACUGUUCUUUCUGCUCAAGGAAUGGAAACAGCAAACGAAUCUUUCGCGCAGCUUUCAUCAUCAUGUCCUAAUUAUGAUGAUACUAUUCCACAUGCAGCAGGAAAAGUACAUUCCACCGAUCGUUUCCCUGCUGGUUGGCCCAGUUUUAUUGGACAACAAUACAUAUAACACCGCGUUUGCCGAAUCAAUCACAUCGUUCCAAAGACCAACAAACCUUCUCACACUGUUGAGAAGCUUCUUCGCGUACUGGUCUCAGUUCAACUGGGCCAGAAAUGGCGCUUGCCUUUCGGAUGGCCGGGUAAGGCCCAAAGAAUCGUUCCGCAUCGCAUCGGCACGUAAGUCGGUCCCGCCGAUGAUGGCCACCGAUUACUUCGACCAAUCCCGAAACAUUGCCGCCAGCAUUCACACCGGCGACCAUCAAAAGUUUGUUCAGGCCUGCAAGGAGGCCGUCGAAGUGCUGCAGAUGAAGAAAUCCAUUUGAGGUGCCUGAGAUGUCGCAUGUUUUGCAUUACCUUGGACAUUUAUUUGCCUUGAAUUACGUUUCUUGAUUUGAAUUUUAUGUUCUGACUUAUGAAUGC